UCCCAGGGACAGAGGACAGGGUCUGAAGGGAAUCUGAAUUCCUCUCAAGAUAUAAUGAAUAUACAUGCCACAUUGCCUUUUCUGGCUAUAAAUACAAACCAGGCAACCAAACAUGGAAGGAACUUAAACUACAAGAUCUAAAGAAGCUAAAGGGCACCAAUCAGUCCUCCAGUUUGUUUGUUUGUUUAACAUAUUUCUAUACUGCCCAAAACUUACAUCUCUUUUUCAGAACAGACCAGGCCUCCUCCUCCUCCUUCAGAGGGGUGUGUGUAUGUUGUUAUAAAUUUGUAAUGGACCCAAAGAAAUUAUGCUUGGCCUGGGCACUGUGUGUUGGGCUGAUGCUAAGGGCACAGACCCAGGGUAAAAAAGUGAUCAUUCAGAGCUUCCCACACUCCACAGAUGAAAACAGAGAUACUCUAUUGUACUUGACACCAAGGUUCCUGAGGUUCUGUGCAGUAGAAAUCAGGCAUCGUGAUUCAGGACAUUCCAGUGCAAGAGCUCUACCCAAUCAUGGCUGAAUGCUAUUUACAUGUCCUUGACAUGUGCAGUGUGCCACUUCCUGGCAUAGUCCACACUUGAAAGGUUUUCCAAGAAGCGGUCUGAGAAUUGUGGAGGUGGUCACCCGACUUGGGAACUGAUAAGGGCCAAAUCUGUGCCCCUUGGAGCAGGAUACAAAUGAGCUGCAAAAACUGAAGACCCUUUUGCCUCCUGUGUGUCUGUGUCUGUCUAGAACAGGUUUUUCAACUUUUAAAAACAAGUGUACCCCUUCUGUCUCAAAGCUUCACCUCAGGUUUGCGAAAGGCAAGCAAAGAAAUUAACAUGAGGAAUUAUACAGAUAUUCUGUCAUGAAGACAUAAAGCAUCUAAGGUCCCUGCAGCCAGGAUACUGUCAUGCUUUCUGUGGGAAGCCAGCCACAUGGAAUGCAGAUGUGAAGUGCAUAAAAGGCAAGAGGGUUAACGGGGAGGAAGCCUUAAAAAGCUUACCUCCCUGCAGAAGAUCGAGGACUCCCUCUUUGGUGGGUGGAGCACCCGCCCAGACAGUCACCAGCUAUUGCCAGUAGCUUGGAGGCUUGGAAAGAAAUGGGUGUGUUUCACAGGAACAUGGUAAACUUCCAAUGGGAUAUGGAGAACAUCACCUGGAUAACCUGCAAAAUUGCCCGUAAAAAUGAAUGUUCAUGGUGGAAUAAACCUCUGCCUGGAAGGGCCCAUAAAAGACCUGAUCUUUACUGCACUGCUCAGUUUUGGUUUUUUGGAGGAUCAGAGAAGAAAACCUCAACUGCUGUGAUACCCACAUCUUCCAAAGAUGGGGGAGCUGAUAUGGGACAGCCCUCUGAAAAGAUGGUCCUGAGCACACUCCCUCCUCGGACUAUUCCAGACCGUUUAGAAGAGAAGAUGGCCGCACUUGAAAAAUCCCUGGAACUGGCUACCUCAGCAGCUGAUAGGAAGAAAGUGUCUCCUAGCAUUUCCUUCUCACCAGUCUUCGAAGGCAGCGCUGAGGAAAAAGAAAGUGAAUUCCUAGAGAUCCAGACAAAAGGGGAAGCUGCAGUAUCAUCGACUCCUCCAGUGACCACAGAGGGAAACCAUCAGAGGGCUAAAAUUAUAACAAAGGAGGAGCUAUUGUCAACUUUCUCCCCUAAGACAGCUGCCCAGGAGGCCUCAAAAGCUGUGACAGAUUCAGUUCAGCAACCCACAGCUUGGGGGUACUCAGUGACAAAACAGAUAAGCAAGUGUGACUGUCCAGCAGUGCCAGGCCCUCCUGGUCCAAAGGGAGACAAGGGUGACCAGGGCCCUCCAGGGCAAAGAGGACUACCUGGGGAGAGAGGACAGGCAGGCCAUCCUGGUCUUCAAGGGAAACCAGGCCCAUCCCUUCCAGUAAGACCAGACUGUACUGGUGCCAGGAAUGGAAAUGAGAAAUCUGGAGAGAGAAUCACCACACUGGAAGGCCUCCCUGGACCCCAGGGGAUGCCUGGCUAUUCAGGGCCUCCUGGACCUCCUGGAUAUCCAGGGCACGAAGGCCCUCAAGGACCACCUGGCCUCCCAGGACAUGAAGGUCAGCAAGGUGCUCCCGGCCUCCCUGGUGCCCCUGGCCAGCCUGGCCCCCCAGGAUCCACAGGACUGCCAGGUACUCCAGGGCCACCAGGGGCAGAAGGGCCUCCAGGCAUUAUUGGCCCAGAGGGACAUCCAGGGCUUCCAGGCCACGUGGGACCACCAGGACCUCCAGGCUACCCUGGUCAGGAAGGGUCUCCAGGAGCUGAAGGACUCCCAGGAAAGGAUGGGUUAAAGGGUGAGAAAGGCGAGACUGGCCCGCAGGGUCCCACAGGCAAUCCAGGACAGAUGGGAGAAAGGGGACCCCAGGGUCUGCCUGGCCCCAUGGGACCCCCUGGCCUACCUGGGGAGAAUCAGUGUAAUACUCGCACAAGUCUUCUGGGUCCUCCAGGUCCUAAGGGUGAAAAGGGAGACCCUGGAGAGCUGGAUUGCCAUCCUUGCUACAAAGAAGCAAAAAAUGGUGGACAUUUGCCUCCCUUCCCGGGGCCAUCCAAGUCCUGGUUACCCUUUACCUUCCAAGAGAAUGGUAAUGGAGACACGGAGCUAUAUGGUGCAAUUGUCCCUGGUCCUCCAGGCCCCCCUGGAAAUCCUGGCCUGCCUGGUCCCCCAGGCCCUCCUGGACCACCAGGUGUUCUUUAUCUUAGCAAAAUGCACCCUGUCCGAGCCCGGCCACACUGCAAGCAGCCGCAGAACCAUGACCCACCUUUGGGUUCAGAUGCUGAACUGCUUCUGAAAGACUCUUCUGAUGGAAACCAGUAUGGAUUACAGCGAUCCACUUGGCUCUUCAGGUCUAAAGAGCUGAUGUUCAAAGCUUCCUCUUCUGUUCCUGAAGGCAGCUUGGUCUACAUCAGUGAAGGGAGUGAAGCUUUCUUCCGGACCCCCAAAGGAUGGAGCAGGCUUCUGCUGGAGGAUCCGGAGCCUUUAUUUAUGGGUGAUGAUCCUCUCGUGUUAAAAAAGAAAAACCAGGAAGGCUCGGCAACAACCCAGAAUAUACCAACUAGCAACUCCCAAAAGCUUCGUUCAAUCUACUUAGUGGCACUCAACAUCCCUCUGACUGGCCACAUGAAUGGGAUACGCGGUGCUGACCUGCAGUGCUAUCAACAGUCCAAGGAGAAAAACCUGAAUGGAACUUUCCGGGCCUUCCUGUCCUCAUCCACUCAGAAUUUAGUCUCAAUUGUGAAGAGAACGGACAGGGGCCUGCCUAUUGUCAACCUUAAGGGUCAGGUAUUGGCGAAGAGCUGGAAUUCCCUCUUCAGUGGUGAUGGCGCUUCCUACUUCAACUCCAGGAGGUUCCCCAUCUACACAUUCAAUGGGCAGAAUGUCAUUACGGAUCCUAUAUGGUCUCAUAAGGCAGUCUGGCAUGGCAUCAAGCAGUGGGGUGGUCGGUCCCCAAAUCAAGACUGUCAAGACUGGCGGACAGCAUCCAGACAGUCAGAAGGCCUUGCCUCAUCCCUGGCUAGGGGCAAGUUCCUCACAGAGGAGAAGCAUAGUUGUUCAGAUUCCCUUAUUGUUCUAUGUGUGGAGAACACUUCCUCAAGUUUUAUUUCAUGAAUCCAGCAUCAGAUCAACAAAGAACACUGGCACAAUCUGGUUGUUGCCAAGCCUGGACUGGGAUGGAUGUGAGUGAGAGCUGAGAGAGGCCCCUAAGACACUGAGGUGGAAAGCACAAAGAUCCAUUUCUUCACACUGUCUUGCUGGGGGAGGGCGGCAGCGGGUAGGGGGUAGGAAGAAGACGCACAGGAGGAAAACAAAGCAUGCAUUUCUGACAUCAGAGCAAGUUGCCAUGUGUGCAAUCUAUGUAGAAACAGCACCUUUACAGGUCGGGAAGUCAAACCAUUAAAAGUUCUGGCUCAGGUUCA